AUGGAAUCCAACGGACCACUUAAAGAACACGGAAAACGCCGCGUGGCGUAUUACUAUGACUCAAACAUCGGUAACUAUUAUUACGGACAAGGCCACGUUAUGAAACCGCACCGCAUACGCAUGACCCAUCAUCUUGUUCUAAACUACGGCCUCUACCGUCACUUGGAGAUCUUCCGCCCAUUUCCGGCAUCAUUUGAAGACAUGAACAGAUUUCACAGUGAGGAAUAUGUCACAUUCUUGAAGAGCGCCAAUCCGGAUAAUCUUAAAUCUUUCAACAAACAAAUGUUGAAAUUCAAUGUUGGAGAGGAUUGCCCACUAUUUGAUGGGCUUUAUGAAUUCUGUCAGCUGAGCAGCGGUGGAUCAUUGGCUGCUGCCACCAAACUCAACAAACAAAAAGUGGAUAUUGCGAUUAAUUGGAUGGGUGGUUUGCAUCACGCCAAGAAGAGUGAGGCCAGCGGUUUCUGCUACACCAAUGAUAUUGUGCUCGGAAUUUUGGAGCUCUUGAAAUAUCAUAAGCGUGUGCUCUAUGUCGACAUCGACGUUCAUCAUGGUGAUGGUGUCGAAGAAGCCUUCUAUACCACCGAUCGCGUUAUGACUGUUUCGUUUCACAAAUACGGAGACUUCUUCCCGGGAACUGGAGAUUUAAAGGAUAUUGGAGCCGGAAAGGGUAAAUUAUACUCGGUCAAUGUUCCACUUCGCGAUGGAAUUACUGAUCAAACAUAUCAAAGCAUUUUCAAGCCAAUUAUGACCAAGGUCAUGGAGAGAUUCCAACCUUGCGCUGUUGUUCUUCAAUGCGGUGCGGACUCAUUGAAUGGAGAUCGUUUAGGACCAUUCAAUUUGACUUUGAGAGGACAUGGAGAAUGCGCUCGUUUCUUCCGCAGCUUCAACGUUCCCCUUAUGAUGGUUGGUGGUGGUGGCUAUACACCACGCAAUGUGGCUCGAUGUUGGACAUACGAGACAUCAAUUGCGGUUGACAAGGAAGUGCCUGAUGAGCUUCCUUAUAAUGAUUAUUUCGAAUAUUUCGGACCAAAUUAUCGACUUCACAUCGAGGCAUCGAAUGCGACCAAUGAAAACAACGCAGACAUGUUGAAUAAGCUUCAAGAAGCCGUUAUUCAAAACCUUGAACAGUUGACUUUCGUGCCAAGUGUACAGAUGAGACCGAUUCCGGAAGAUGCUCUUAAAUGUUUGAAUGAUGGAUCGAUCCCUCGCGAUAAUGCCGAUCCUGACAGACGACUACAACCAUCUAUUAUGGAUGGAUGCAUCGAAGAUCCUGGAGAGUAUUACGAUGGUGAAUUGGAAGGCGAUGAUCGCAGAGAUGAGAAUGAUGCGAAACGUGCAGCUGAGCGUGAGAAGACUAUGUCGGAAGAGCCAGCUGGAAAGAAACCACGUGUUGAGGUUUGGAAUUAUUACCAUCGCAAAAAAACGAGCGCCUUGCAUAAUUUGACCAUCACACUUUUUCGCGGCGGUAGCUCAAAUUCGAAUUUAAGCAGUGGGAAUUAACUUUAA